UUUUGAACAUUGCAUAAUCCUUAAGUGUAUUUCCGUGAAAAGAAACAAAUCUGAAUCACAGAUGUACUGACUCCAUGAAUCAUUUGGUCUACAAAAUGUCAGCACAUGGUGAAAAAGUAAAGACCCCAAGGUUAAUAGUUAAUGGUCUGUUUUUAAAUAAGGCUGUUCUAGUUUUGAUGACCACUCAAAGGGCUUCACAGCGCAGCUCUGCCAUUCCCCCUUUCACACACAUUCAUACAGGGCAUCUAUGUGUGCACACACACCGCUGGCACAGCCGUCGGGGGAAAUUUGGGGUUCAGUUUCUUGCCAAAGGACACUUGGGGAUGUGGGAUGAGGCCGACCAGGAUCGAACCACCCACCUCCUGGUUAGCGGACGAUACACACUUCCUCCUGAGUCACAGCAGCAGGCCGGAGAUGGUGCAGGUGUACGUCCCGGAGUGUUCCUCGCUGUCUGGCUUGUGCAGCAGAAGAGAUCCGUCCCCCAGCUGAAGCAGGUCCUGGUCCAGGUCAGCUUGGCCCUCCCACUGGUUCACAGUGUUUCUGGUCCGGCCGUCAUAUCUCAAGAUAACGGUGGGCUCGGUGAACACGGCGAAGGUCCAGGUGAGGGAGAAAUUCUGGAGGGUGUGUGGAGCCACGCAUGGGAUGGACAGUGCAUGACCCUCUUCCUGUGUCAUGUCCUCUGAAAGAGAGUUCACACAAACACACGCAUUCAUAUUGCUUUUUGUCAGAAAUUAUCUUCUUUAUGAAAACAUUAUAACUCUAAAAUCUAAUUGCACCUUGGUUUUUCCGAGACGCAGUCCACACCUGGGUCUUGUCCGCCGAUGUGAACGUGCAGAAGUAGGUGUGGUUGCAGUGAUUACCCAGAAGCCUCAGGCUGCUCUCCACUGUGAACAGGCCCUUGUGGUCAGUGGUUUUAAUGGUCGAAUUUCCCAGAGCUCCCUGGGCAGAGGCGGGGGCCGUGGCCCACGUCACCUGAGGCACGGGGUAUAUGUUGUGAGAGGAGCAGGUGACCACCUCAUCAGUCAUCUCCAUCAUCACCGACUGGAUGAGGGCUGAGAGGAAACACAGACAAGACAGAGCAUUAAGUGAGCAUAUGAUAAACUGUGUGGCACUUCUGUGACACUGGCCUUUCAUAAACGAGGAGCCAGAAGCAGUUCGGGUGAGGUGGGAUUUGAACAUCAGUGAUACCACAUUAACCCGGUCAGUACCCUGUGAGCUCCAGUCUGCUCGUUCCCGGUAGCAGUGCUGCCCGUUAGCACCACAGCUCAUUCAAAUCUCCAGCAGAUGGAGCUUUUCUGCUGCACUAAUACCCCGGCCCACUGGCUACACUCUGGUUUUAUAGGCCAGAGAGCUAGUAUGAGCUAAGCUAGAGUAUCAGGAGACCUCUUAUCACGUUAUUGAUGAAAUAAGAUUUCAAAACUGGACUUUUCGACUUUGCAGUAGAGACGUUUCUGUGCAUAGUACCUCACACUGUCCUGUCUUAUUUUACAUUUUUGUGUGGGAGGUUUUGGCGUCUGUCUCCUCCAGGGAUUUACUAGAAAUUCUGCCAAAAUACAAAUCUCAUAUUUAAUGAAUCAGUGGUCUUUUGGUGGAGAUUCUCGUUAACAGGCAAAAUGUUCCUCCUGGCCUUAGAAAAAGGUGCAGGUUGUGAAAGACCAUCAGUGAAAGAUAGACUUGAUUAUAAAGAAAACACUUUCCACAGGUUCUCUUUCCUGUUUGGAAGGGGAGGAUGAGGUGAGGGGUGUUCAGCUGCCACAUGAACCUUCAUCACUUAAUGUCACUAAAUUCUACACACUGCAAUUUUUAAUUCUCAUGAAUAUCAGAUAAAUCAUAAUUAUGAGAUCACAACGUCAGAAGUAUGAGAAAUUAAAUUAAUGAGGCAACUUUUGAUUUCACAUAUUUAUGACUCUUACUUCCCAUUAAUCUUUAUCUUAUCAUGGUUUCUUUGCAGUUUCAAUAAAACCACGUGAAAUGUGCUAAUUUCCUCAAACCACAAAGUGGAAUCAUUUCAACAAAAAAACUGAGCAUAACCUUCACAAAAAUGUGAAGGUAGUAACUGGAAACAGAACAAUAUGUAUAGCAAAUACAUUUAUAUAUUACAUGAAAAUAAAGCAUAAGCAGUGUAGGUGUUUGCAUUUCUAAUUAUUUGCUAUCAAAACACAAACAAAGCCAGUCUGCUUUCUGGGCAGGAGUGGAAAAAGAAAAAAGUGCCACUUGUUCCACCCUGUAGUUACGACCUUGACGAUAAUUUAUGAAUGGAGACACUUCUACAACUCACAGCUUAAUCGUAGCAGAAUUAACCAGUUAUAGACCAAAGAAGAAAAGCUUGAACCCAAAGUGAAAUGCACAACAUUUCUGAUAUACUUCAGGUAAUCCUGUAACAUUUUACUGACCUUUGACCUCCAGGUUGAUAAAGAUCUCCUGGUUUCCUUUCCGUGUGCUCGUGUAACAUCUGUACAUGCCCCUGUCUUGAACUUUGACCCUCCUGAGCAGCAGGGAGGCAUUGCCAUGAGGGAUGUGCGAGUUGAACAAGCAGGUCCUUCCGCUGAAGUGUUUGUUCUGGAGUCCAAACUGGUCCUUGUUGUAGUAGUAGCUGUGCACGGGGAUCUGCUGCUUGUACCAGUGGAUCACCACGGUGCUGGUGGGUUGGAAGCUGCAGGGCAGGAUGCACUCGUCUUGGAUGAGACAGGUGACGUUGGUAUCCGGUAUAACUUUGAAAAGGUAAAACAACCAUUAAGUUGACUACAUUUUUAUUUUAUGUAUCAUCAUACACUAGCAAUUCAAAGUUUUCUAAUUAAAGUACUAUGCAUCUGACCACCCAGUUUCAUUUCUUUCCAACUUUUCAGUCACAUUAGUGCUUUUUUCUUUAGGCUUAAUUAAACCAUAAUAGUACAAACCAAACUUGAAUACGACCUUAAUAAAAAUGCAAAACCUCUGAUUAACAAGUUCAACUGAUUCAUUGUCUCUUAAACAUCGCAGCUGUUUGUUUUGCUAAACUCAAUUGCUGUUGUUUUUUCAACAGAGUCACACUUCACCCCCGAUGCUGGGUGAAUACUCCCCCCCCCCCCAGAUGUGCUCAGCUUUCACAGCUGAGGACGCAGCGCAGCUGUGUUUGUCCUCUUGUGGAAAUAUGAAGGAAAAUCAUUGUUGUUUGUGACAGAUCUCUCUUUCCUAAUGCUUUGAGUCGUCCAACACACGACUGCUCAAAGAACGAGGCAUCAUAUGAGCUAUUCAGCUGUUUACUAAUUGUCUAAUGACAUGGGAAAGAGUUUGUGAUAUCUCUUGUUUUGCAAAGUGCUCAGUGGAUGAAUGAAACUAUAAAAGCGGAAGGGACAAAGAGUUACUUAUUCUUAUCUGAUGUUUUGCUAUUGCAUUGUUUUCCCCGUUCUGGCUUCUCCUUACAAGCAUGGGUAAGCAGAUAGAUUAUCAUCAGUAAAUUGAUGGUUCCACAGUUCUGUGCUUUCUACCAAAACUAAGAUGGCGCUCAGAGCGUGCAUACCUCCAUCAAGGACCAACUUUUAAAUUCACUAGAUCCAGAUGUUUAUUAGAUCUGCACCACAUUGCACACAAUUAUAAAUACAAGUCCCUUAAAAGUGGUUGUUUUUUCAACUCGGAUACAUGAAUUAAAAAUCAAUGAAAAUGUUGAAAAACGCAAAAUUGAAGAAAGAAUAAAUUCUUCUUGUAUCUGUGCCAAACGGGUUCUUCCCUUACACAAAAUGCAUUCUUCCAACAAGUUUCAUGGUGAUCUGUCCUUUAGUUUUUGCCUAAUCCUGCUAACAAACAAACAGACUAAAAAACUUUCAGAUGAUAACAUGCCAAUGAGCUACUUCUCUACAAGCUGCAUUUUCGACGAGACAAAACUUCGAUCACUCUCAGGUCUUCAAGUGUUGAAAAGUUGAAAUGACCGAUGUCCGUCGUGUGAAUCUUUAUCACCUCACAGCGGAUUUACCACAUCAAAUCAACCUACUAUUAGAGGAUUAACUCAAGAAUCUCAAUUUGAGUCAGAACAAGCUGCUCAUCUGUAAACAAGAGGAGAAGAGGUCAUGUGAUACGAUACCUUUUGAGUCUGUCAAUAACAACUUCUCCAAGAAAAUCAGAAGCACAGUCAUGAGUCCGUGUGAGUCUGCCAUGCCAGACGGCCUCUGCUCUGAGGUGUUGCUCCUGUAGCCGUACUUGGCACGCAUGUGUGUGAAAGUACACGGCUGUGCAGUGAGCUGUGUCUGUGCGAUUCCACUUUACAUCCUUCCUCACACUAAUGAAACACUGACUAAUUAACCAGGCAGGUGAACGUUUAACCACACUGCUUCUGUGUGCUCCAUCACACAAACACUCACACACAGUCUCCCACAUAACACACACACCAGACCUGAACUUAAACCGUACAUUUGUUUAUAUAUUUGCAAAAUUAGUAUAGACAUAUUGACUUUGUUUUGAAAGGACAAAGGCUCAAACUAAUCACACCCACAAAAAGGCAAAUGAAACAGAUUGAAACCGGAAAUUAAAUCCAGAGACAAAACAAAAUACCUCAGUGAGAUUCUUAUCCUCUUUUAAAUCUCUCUUGAAGACAUAUUUUCUAUAAAAGCGCUUUCUCGGGAGUUGAAGUCUGAAUUGUCUUUGAACUUUUUAAACUUCUCAGCCUUUUACUGUCAGGGUUCAUAAACAUUUUGACCAAUGGAUUUCCAUGACUUUUCCAUAACUUUUCAAUAACUUUAAACCAAAUUUACAUGAACAAACAAUGAUAAUUCCAAAGCAUACAGUAUACCUUAAAUGAGACAAAUGAAUGAGAAAAUAGUUUGAUUGAGGUCUUUGUCUGUUGUAACCAAUGGCAUGUACUUUUCCAUUUGUAGCCAAGCAUGGUUAAAUCUACACUUCCCUGGCAUAGUGCAUUAUCCCGCCUAUCAAUUGGUUUGAGAGCGUAUGCCUGCUUAUAUUUUGAGUGUAUAUUUUUUUUAAACAUAUCAAUUAUUUAGAACUCAGCGUAAAUUAACAACAUGAAAAUAUGAAUUUAUAAAAUGUCCAUGACUUCUCCAAAACUUUAGGGAUUUUAUUUUUGUCAAGCUCUUUUCCAGGCCUGGUCAAUUCCAUGACCUAUCCAGAUUUUUCAUGACCCUAGGAACCCUGUACUGUACAAAGUUGAUUUACUAAUCCUGGCUGUGAUUCUACUGACUAGUUUAAUAUUUUUUUGUUCUACAUUUAAUCAUUUUAUUUUACUGUUAUACUUCUGCUAUAAUCUUUUCUAAUGUUUUUUGAUAUUCAGACUGGUUUUGAUGGUCUCUUGUCGUUUGCAUUAUGUUUUUAAUUUAUAACAGUUAAAGACACUUUGUUUUGAAACAUUAACAUAUCUUUAAAUAAAGUUGAUUAUUAGCAUUAUCUGCUCCAGCUCCCAAAGGAUACGCCCUGAAUAGGAUGGAUGGAUGGAUGGAUGGAUGGAUGGCUGGGUGGAUGGAUGGAUGGAUGGAUGGAUGGAUGGAUGGAUGGAUGGAGAUAUAAAUUAAGAGAUUAAAGGAGAAAUAAAUGAUGCAUCAUUAUAUCAGUUAUUUUAAUUAUUUGUCAGAAAAUUUGGCCUUUAUCUCAUUAUAAUACAUUAAAAUGAAAAAAUCUUCUUUUAUUAUCUGCACUUUUCCUAUAUGAUCUUCUUUUAUAAAAUUCUGCAAGUAUUUCUCUUGUAAUUAAUAUCACACUUUAAAAAAAAUAGACAUUUUGAAAAACAUGAUGAGCUGCCAUUCAUUUUAUUUAAGUUUUUCAAAAUUGUAAUGCUUUGUCAAAACAAUGAAAAGCCAUCUUUUACUUUUUUUUUAUAGAAGAAAACGAUGAAUGGGGUAUUAGUGAUUUAUAGCACAGAAAUAUUCUGAUGGAGAAAAAUCUUCAUCAUAUACAAGUUGCCAUACAUAUGGAAUGUAAAUCAUCCGUCUGUGAUAAUGCUCUUAUUUUUUUACAUUUUGGCAAAAACAGAAGAUGCCCUCUCCAUGACCUGUAGAGGGCACCGAUGAGAUGUCCCAUGUGAAUAGCUGCCUGCUGUCCAGCUGCUGCAGGGUCACAUGUAGGAGCGGACCAAGGGCCACGUGCAUGAUUCUUUAAGAUGCCAUUGCUCAUGUCUGCCCUCAAUCAACUUAAAUCCCAGAUUAAAGGGAUGGUGCUAAUGGAGCCGAGUCAUUCUGCUCAGGCUCUGAUUGUAUUAUUGAUACUGAACAAGUUUCCUCUCCCGUGUGAGAGGUUCUCAAUCUUUCCUUGAUUAAAUACGGCCUCAUUAAAUACGCCUGUUUUUAUAAAGCUUUUCUUUGUUUCAUAGUUGCAACAGGCUUGAAUUAUUAAGAUUUCCACUGUUACCUUAAUUGACAAAAUCCUCCUUUUUUAGUCCCACAAUGGGGAAUUUUUUUAAUACACUCAUGUCUAAUGUGCAGUAAUGUGCAAAUGUCCCUCUGUUUUUAACUGACAUCUAAACCCCAAAGCUGAAAAACAAAAGGGUUUUGCAGGUUCUGUGACUACAUGUCGUGAAAAUUGUUGUUAGGGAUUGGACCAUAGGUACAUUUGGAAAAACGUUAACCCCAUGUUCCUAUGUUCUUAUAUUUGAUGAGUUUAAACCAGUUAAAAUCCUCAAGUAAGGAGUCAUAUCCUCUGCUAUGAAUGACAUCUGCUCGGGGGUCAUAAGUGCAACGCUUGCAGAUGUGGCUCAGACAUAUGCUUGCAUCCGUUUCUUCUAGAUGGGAACAUUAGCAUCCUCCCACCACUGCAGUGGGCAACUCCACAGAGAAGCCUGUAACGCGCUAAAGUAGGCUACAGGCUUUUUAUUUCUAUCUGGCCAGAACGAUGAUGAAACUGCUGGUUGUAUUACCCCCCGCCCCCUCUCCCCGCCCCUCUGCCGCCGCCAGUUUGUAGGUUACUGAAAGAUUUCACCAACCACAGAUAAGAAGAUUAGGGAGGAAUUAAUGGUAUUCCUUUGUCAUUAUAGGAAUAAAUUGAUAUUUGGUUUUAAAUCAGGGGUUGGGGGAGUCGGAGGAACAUGUUGUGUCAGGAGACGUAAGCAGUUGGAUGGCACAGUGACAAACAAACUUAGCCAGGGGGAUGCCUGGGCACUGGAGCUAAGCGCUGGAUAUCUCGACCGCUGUAUCAUGUUACAGGAGAUGAGAGCGCGGGAUAAUGCAGAAGUAGCUGGGUGUGUGCGUGGGGCGGAAUGAGUGCUGCUGUGACAUGGACGUACAAGUAGAGGACGGGGGCAGCUGUGGCAUUCCCUGGGUGAGACGCUGACGCAGUGGGAGGAACGUGCAGGUUCCUCUCGUCUUUCCAGCCCCAGCUUAACCAUGAGAGUGGCCCUCCUGGGUCUCAGACUGAUGUGCUUGGCCUGGUUGUGGCCCAUCACCCAGCUCCGCGGCAGCCACCUCCCGAACAAGAGGAGACACAAGGAUGAGUACGUCGGAGAGAACACCAGACAAAAGCAAGGAGGGCGGGUGGAUCUUAAGAUGAAAAAGAUGGACAGCACCAAGUCUCUGCUUAUUAAAUCUGAGCAGCUGCUUCGGAUUGAGGACCAUGACUUUGCAAUGCGGCCGGGCUUCGGAGGUUCAGCUAUUCCUGUCGGCAUCGACGUUCAGGUAGAGAGCAUUGACAGCAUAUCGGAAGUAAACAUGGACUUUACUAUGACCUUGUACUUGAGGCAUUAUUGGCAGGACGAUCGGCUGGCCUUUCCGUCCAGCAGCAACAAGAGUCGUACCUUCGAUUCACGUCUUGUGAAGAAAAUUUGGGUUCCUGACGUUUUCUUUGUUCACUCUAAACGCUCGUUCAUCCACGAUACAACCACGGAGAAUAUCAUGCUGAGGGUUUAUCCUGACGGCAACAUUCUCUACAGUGUCAGGAUCACUGUGACGGCACUUUGCUCGAUGGACUUCAGUAGCUUCCCCCUGGACACACAGAAUUGCUCCCUGGAGCUGGAGAGCUAUGCUUACAAUGAGAACGACCUCAUGCUCUACUGGAAGAACGGGAACGAUUCGUUAAGGACUGAAGAGAUCGUGCUCUCUCAGUUUUUUGUUGAAGACUUCCAGCCUUCCUUUGGGCUUGCCUUCUACAGCAGUACUGGUUCGUACAAUCGGCUCUACAUAAACUUCAUUCUCAGGAGGCAUAUCUUCUUCUUCAUGCUUCAGACGUACUUCCCCACCAUGCUGAUGGUGAUGCUGUCCUGGGUGUCCUUCUGGAUAGACAGGAGGGCGGUACCUGCUCGUGUCUCUCUUGGCAUCACCACAGUUCUGACCAUGUCCACCAUCAUCACUGGUGUCUCAGCCUCUAUGCCACAGGUGUCUUACGUCAAAGCCGUGGACAUCUACUUGUGGGCAAGCUUCCUGUUCGUCUUCCUGUCCGUCAUUGAGUACGCUACCGUCAACUAUUUCACAACAGUCGAGGAGAUGAAGAGGCUCCGACGGGCAAAGAUGCCCUCGUCUUUCAAUACCACACAGGCUAUGGCGUUUGACGGCUGUUACCAUGACAACGACAUUGACCUGACUCCUUUCUCGGAGGUGUCCAGCCCACCGAACACGGAGAGGAACACCCAGACGCGAAACUCCACCGUCUCUGCGCCCACGGAGGGCACCAGGCUACGCCGCAAGCACCCUUUAAUAGAAAAUCUCAGCUUCAUAAUGAGCAACAGCUACAUGAUCGACUCUUACUCCAGAGUCAUAUUUCCCCUGGCUUACCUGCUCUUCAACAUCAUCUACUGGAGUCUAUAUGCAUAGAGCAUGAACUAUGCAGAAUAAACACUUUCACUUGUUUUCACCAUUAUACAGUAAAACACCAAUAGGCUGCAAUAAACUAAUAUAUACAAUAACUUGUUCUGCUGUGGGAUACGACCUCUUGCAUGAUGUCUUCAGUUGUAGCUUGGGGAAACCCCGAAGUCGGCUGUUGCUUUAUUUUUGCUGAUUUAUUUAUUUAUGUAUUUUAGCAUGCCUGUUUUAUAUGAGAUAAAGUUUUAAUCAUACAAAUAUAUUUAAAUUUUUAGGGAUUUAUUUUAUUGUGGGAUUAGACACAAAAUAUCAACGUGUAUAUUUAAAGCACAACUUCUUGGAUAAUAAACUUAUGCUCUUAAAGCUGUGUAAAGCUU